AUGCUUACCUCAAGUCUUCUCCUGCUUGUAGUUAUCAACGUCAUUUACAGAUUGUUUCGUCAUUAUUCAUCCAAGCUAGCGUCUAUCCCUGGCCCUUUUCUGGCGCGGUUCAGUCGUUUUUGGCUUCUCCGUGAAACGUAUUAUGGGCGAUUUCAUCUAAAAGAUGUCGAGCUCCAUCGAAAGCAUGGACCUGUUAUUCGCAUAGCUCCUGGGCAAUAUAGUAUCGAUGACCCAAAUUCUGUGCAAACCAUUUACGGAAGCAAAGGUGGCUUUAUCAAGUCAACAUUCUACCGGGCCACUGCUGUCCCUGGUCGGAUACAUGAAAACCUCUUUGCGGAUCCAAAUACAGAGAGGCACGCCGUUAACCGUAGGAGAAUCUCGGGAGCCUACUCUAUGACAACUUUGGUACAACUCGAGCCUUUCAUCAACGAAUGUACGGAUAUCUUGAAGGCAAGGUUGACCGAGUUCGCAAAGGCCGGCGAAGCGAUCGACCUUCCCCACUGGCUGCAAUGUUAUGCGUUCGACGUCAUUGGCAAUGUGACUCUUGGCAAACGGUUCGGCUUCCUUGACAAGGGCGAAGACAUCAAUGGCAUAAUGGGCUCACUCGAGAUUCUUCUGUACUACUCAGCCCGUAUUGGCAUAAUUCCGGAGAUCCACCCAGUGCUCUUCUUCGCCAAUGUUCUGUUAUUCCCAAGCAUGAGGGGACUGCAGCACCUUUUAGACUUCGUAGACAAGAUCGUUGCUCCGCGCCUCAAGGGUCCACUUUUGGAGAAGAACAACACCGGGCCUUCAGACUUCAUCACCCGCUUUCGCCACUUGCAAAGUGAGAACCCCGAGAAGGUCAGAGACAGAGAUAUUAUGGCAUCGGCGCUAGCCAAUAUCGGAGCCGGCUCUGACACAACUGGGAUCUCACUCACCGCUGUAUUUUACUACAUCUCGAAAAACCUAAAGGUUCUCGACAAGGUUCGGCACGAGCUAGAGGAGGCAUCCAACCGUGGGGAAAUCAGCACUCCGAUCAAAUUCAAAGAGGCGCAACAGCUAAAAUACCUUCAAGCCGUGCUCAAGGAGGCUUUGCGUUGUCAUCCAGCAACGGGUUUGAUCUUGGGUCGGGUAGUGCCCAAAGGUGGUUCUACUAUCGCGGGUCAUUUUUUCCCAGCCGGUGCUACUGUCGGUGUGAAUGCGUGGGCCGCGCAUGCAAACCAAGACGUCUUUGGGGAAGACGCAGAUAUAUUCAGGCCUGAGCGAUGGCUUGAAGCGCCGGAGCUUGUGAAGCAGCGAGAAGCAUAUUUCAUGACAUUUGGUAGUGGUACGCGUACAUGUCUCGGCAAGAAUAUCAGCCUUCUGGAAAUGUCAAAGGUCGUCCCGGAGAUUAUUCGAUGGUACGAUAUUGAACCAGUCUUCCCAGAGCGCGAUAUCGAGACUACGAACGACUGGUUCGUAAAGCAGAAGAAUUUUCCCUGCCGGAUAGUGCGCCGAGCGUCUCAGUAA